AUUUGUGCAACCUAGAAAGUUAAUUUGGUUACACUACUGAACAUAAGUUAUGGCAUCAUCUUCAUGGAAAAAAUGGCCUGACCAUGUGCGGGAUAAAUGGCGUGAUGAUCUGAGAGAUAAAGAUUUUUGGUUUAAUGGAUACCUUAAGAGACCUGCAUAUCAUAAAUUGGUCAUUGAACUGUCCACUGGGUUUUAUGUGUCUUGGAAUGUUGGGGUAGGGCCCAUGAAUUCAUUCACACGGGCAAUAUCAGGCAUGGCCGUGGAGGAAAUGCUUAAGAACGUUGGAAAAUUCAAACACGUGAUAAAGGUGGAUCUGAAGCCCAUACCAAUGGCAGAACAAGCCCAAGGAAGAGGCUUAAUGAGCACAAAGUACCAGCUGGCCCUCGCUGCAGCAAAGGAGCUUGGUCUGCUCGACCAAUAUUACAACGGGAUCAAGGAAAAGCACGACCAGGUACAGUACUACACCUACGGGUGCGAUGAUGAUGGCCGUACCUCUGAAGAUUUGGAAUGGCACGUGCAGGGCACUAUUGUUCCUCAGGUCAUCAAACAUUUGGUAUCCCAAAGGUACAUGCUAGUGGCUGAGAACCUCCAGUGGCCAAUUGAGUCACACAGUUUAACACUGGAUGCCGGGCUUCCUUCACCCAUGUGGUCAAAUUCUCGAUGGCUCAUCUCGACCGCCUCUCAUGAUGCCUACAACAAGAACGACCAUUUACUAUCCAUUGACGAAGAUGAACAUGUUAUGGUGCUUACCCUCUAUGCACUGCAUCAAUCGGCAGAGCACAUACUCAACAUGACCCGUCAAGAAAACAAGGAGUACUGGCAUCAGAGAGCCCUCCAAUGCUUCCACUAUGCCAUGGCCAUCUUUGCAAAACAUUCACAAGUGGUAGCUGUUACCUCGGACGAGCUCAUCCACCAUUGGGCCGCCCAGGGCAUCCUGCCAUCUAUGGUGGCCAUCAAGGAAGAAGAACAAGAAACCACUACUAUCAGCAGCAAGUGUUCAAAUAUGCAUCAAGUUGGAAUGGUAAUCCUUGAAGCGUUUAAGAAAUACUCUUUGUUGCAGCUACCUUUUUCUCCUGCUAAUGAUGCUUACGAAGCCACCAAUACCGGCGCACAAUUCCUAGCAUACCAUGGCCUCAUUGCGGAAGGCAUCACAGUCGAUGAACUCUUUGAUGAGAAGAAGAAAUGGAUUUCAUUCGCUAGUGACAAUGGAUGGCAUGUAAGCCCAGAAUGGUUUAGACCAGAGGAAAGCAGGGGGGCAACUGCACUUAUUGUAAGAGGCUGCUCACAUCAAUCACUCAUACUUUCCAAGCUGGACAGUUCCUUGACCAAGCUUUGUUUUCUUCGUGUUCUUGAUAUCUCCUACACUCCAAUAAAAUCACUCCCUUCUUCCAUAGGUUGCCUAAUAAACCUUCGGCUGCUUUCUCUUAGAGGCUGUCAUGGUUUAAAAACUCUUUCUUAUUCAUCCACAUCAAGUGCCACGGACUCAUCAAUAAAUAAUACUUCAAACUCACCAUUGGCCACUCUAUACCAGCUUGAAAUUCUUGAUAUGAACGGAGUUCCGUCUGCUCAUCUGACGCAAGAUGUGGCAAGCCAAAAGUGGAAUUUAAUACAUCUGGACAUGUCCUAUUCAGAAAUAACUACUUUUCCCCCCGAUUUCUUCCAGGACAUGUCAAACCUUGAAGAGCUUAUCCUGACCAGUUGCUCCAAUCUUGUGGAGCUACCUCCUUCCAUGGCUUCUCUAUCCAGCUUAACGACCCUUGUGGUCAUUGGGACUCAAAUAAAAUAUUUUCCGCAGAAGAUAUUUGAAGAAAUACAUAAGCUGCAGUCGCUCAAGCUCAUAGACAACAAGAACUUGGUGUCACUCACAAGACAAAUCUCUAGGGUCCAAAGAAUCAAAUUGGAAGGGCAUCCUAGCCUUAUAUCCUUCAUGCUAAUUGGCGCACCUCACAUAAGGCACUUGUCUUUGCGAGGAUGUAAAAAACUUGAGUCGGUCGAGAUCAAGAAUCUUGGUGCUUUGGAGGAGCUAGAUUUGUCUGGUACAGCUAUCAAGGAGCUCCCGGCUGACAUCCCUAAUAUUCCCCAGCUUAGGCGAUUGCUCUUGCUUGGUGUUCCUUCCCUGAGGCGAUUUCCUUGGCAUAGGCUGGACCGACUCCCGGUUGUGUUUUACUUGGAUCAUUGUUCAGAAGAAAAUGGCAAUCAUUCUAAUCAGAUUUCCCAUGUGUGUGUUACUAACCCCAAGUUCUUCCAUAGUUUCCGUAAUACUGCUGUCGAUUUAGUAAGAGAAGGACGGUUUCUCCAAUCGUUCUAUGUUCGUGUCGCACCAUGCAUUACAAACAACAUGCAUCUGCAAGAUGAAGAAGGCAUGCUCAAUAGCAUGUUGCAGGAGUUAGUGAAGAGGGAAUCAACUUAUGUGGAUGUGUACAGAAGCUUUUAUGCACAUGAAAUUGCAAUGGUGCCACCGGUCACGAUUCCCCUUCGCCGAAGUGAGCGCCACAUGGAUAUCUCUGGGAAGCAGUCUACACUUGAUGGUUUAAGGUAUCUUCUAAUUGUCACCAAAUCAAUAUCAGUGACAUGUGCUUCUUCUAUCGACUAUUUUCCUUGGGAUGUCAAUUUUCAAGAGCUGGAAGAAUGCGAGCUACGUCGGUGCCAUAAAAUGACAAAGGUUUUUAAUGGUACCAAAGGCUUAAAAAAACUACGGAAUCUGCAUGUUUGUAACCUCAAAAGUCUAUACUUCUUCUGUGAACAAUACUACAAUUAUACCUUCAAUUCCCUAAUGCACCUGCACUUGGAAGACUGCCCAAGAUUGGAGCAUGUGGUGCCACAUAGAACAAAACUACCAUGGCUCAAGACACUUGACAUCCUGUUCUGCUACAACCUCAAGACAAUUUUCGUCAGCAGUUAUACAGAAGAUGAUACUUAUCAGCUGCCAAGCCUCCAAAGGAUACGUCUCCAGGAGCUGCCAUUGCUCCAGCACUUCCACACCAAGGACGCUACCAUCACAGCACCUGUGUGGAAGGAGCUCCAUGUUCGGGGGUGCUGGAGCCUCCGACACCUCCCGCGCCUACAAGGACGCCAGCUGGAGGCAGUCAAAGUGAACGGCGAGAGGAGCUGGUGGAGCAAGCUCCAGUGGGGCUCACCCCUGCACCUCGACAGCUACGACCCUAAGCUUCCACCGGAGUUCGCCUCCUUCGACGAGUGCGCCGAGAUGAGCAGCUACCUCAGAUGAAUCAA